AUGUAUUCCAAGGAAUACCCAACUGCCCCAGAGGACGAACUGCGCGAAUGGUUACCUAGCUCAAGGUCUCUUCUAGGUUCGCAAAUUGCCAUGUCUUUACAGGAGCAGCGAUACACACGCUCUGGCGAUGGACCCGAGGCUAGUUUGUACAUGCUUCCGCACACAUCGUCCUCGCAUUUGUCCUCGAUUAACACAACCUACGAGAUCCCAUCGUCUCAACUUGCUAGCCUUGACUUCACCGCUACUCGUCAUACCUAUACCACUCAUGGCAGCUGGACGGAGCUAGAGGACCUAGCUCGAGCCGCUACCCGUUCCGUGGCAAAAACGCGCUUCCACGGAUGGCGAAUGGGCAUGAUCCUCGGAUGCUUGCUUAGCUCUCCUACCCGGAACGACAUUGACAAGGCACAUGCAAAGAGCGAGCAUCUCGACAUUGGCGUCUUGAGUAUGCGCAAUCUAGCACGUAUCCCCAAGAGGCGGCUAUUUCUCUUCAUCAUCAUGGCGCUAUCUUCAAUUCCGAUACAUCUCUUCUAUAACUCAGCAGUGUUUUACAUUGGUGCCAACAAUCAAUACGACAUACAGGUCGUCCAAGUCGACUCUGAAGCCUACCACAGUGUUUUGCGGAGGUCAAUUGACGGUUCCGACUUUGAAGAAAUAUCAGAUACUGGGUGGGUCCGAGCAUACGACAACUCGCUUGUAAGCUUCGGAACACUCGUACUUGUUGUUGAUGAAUAUCGCUCAGAAAUCGAGAGAAUUACGCUCACUGGAUACCCCGAAAAGUGGCCAAAUGUUACCACGACAACCGCAACCGACUGGGACACAGGCAAUGUAACCUGGAACAUGACAGAGCCGCUUCUGUUUUCGAUUCGGGUACAGACACUCUUUGACCUUGAUGCCAGCUCUAGAAGAUGGAUCAAUUUAAAAAAGGAAGAGCAAGUAACUGGUCCUCGCGGCGAUCUACCCCGCCUGAGCCUCACUUUCAUGAUCAUUGUCAUCGUUUGUAACGUUACCAAACUUAGCACGAUGCUUUGGAUUGUAUCCGUUGAGAGGAAAGAUUACAUAGUCACCUUGGGUGAUGGUGCAGCUUCCUUCCUUGAGACCCCGGAUCCGAGUACUGAGCGAUUAUGUGUCCUGUCAAAGCCCAGAACUUGUUCGCGAAAUUAA